UGUAACACGGAUGUGGCCGUGGAUGUCAUGUGGGAGGAGUGGCAGCUCCUGGCCCCUGCUCAGAAGGCCCUGUACCGGGAUGUGAUGCUGGAGAACUACAGCAACCUGGUGUCUGUGGGGUAUCAGGUUAGCAAACCUGAUGUACUCUCCAAGUUGGAAUGAGAAGAACCACCAUGGACCUCAGAUGAUUUGGAUGAUCAUGUGCAGUUGCACUGGCAAAACCAAAAUAUGCUGAAGUGUUAUGAACAGAAUGCAUUUGGGAAUAUUAUUCAUCACAGCAGAAGUUGUUUUCCUUCAAGGCCAAAUUAUGAUGUAUUUGAUUUACACAGGAAAACUCUGAAAUCAUAUAUAGAUAUAACCAACCAGAAUAAAAGCUGCAACAGAAAGGAGCCUGCUGAGCUUAAUGGGGAUGGGAGAUCCUUGCUCCAUGCUCAUCAUGAACAAACUCAUACUGAAACUGAACAUCAGGAAAUACACAAAACAGAGAACGCCCAUGAAUGUACUGAAUAUGGGAAAGCCUUCCUCAAGAAGUCUCAGCUCAAUGAACAUAAGAUAAUUCACACAGGAAAGAAACCCCAUGGAUGUAGUCUGUGUGGAAAAACCUUCUUCAAGAAGUUCAAGCUCACUGAACAUCAGCGAACUUACAAAGGAGAGAAACUCCAUGAGUGUUGUGAGUGUGGAAGAGCCUUCCUCAGGGAAUUUUAGCUUACUGAACAUCAGAAGACACAUAUGGGAAAUAAACUCCAUGUAUGCAGUAUAUGUGGGAAAGCAUUCUACAGAAAGUUCAAGCUAACGCACCAGAGAACUCAUACAGGAGAGAAAGCCUACAAAUGUACUGAAUGUGGAAAAGCCUUCUUUAGGAAGGCAAAACUCACUACACACCAACAAAACAAAACAGGAGAAAAACUCCAUGUAUGCAGUGAGUGUGGAAAAGCUUUCUCCAGAAAAUCACAGCUCAUUCUGCAUCAGAAAAUUCAUACAGGAGAGAAAUCUUAUAUAUGCAGUGAGUGUGGGAAAGGUUUCAUACAGAAGGGCAAUCUCCUCAUACAUCAACUAACUCACACUGGAGAGAAACCCUAUGGAUGCACUGAAUGUGGUAAGGCCUUCAUUCAGAAGGCAUGCCUCAUAGCACAUCAGCGAUUCUAUACAGGAAAGACUUCCUUUGUAUGUACUGACCGUGGAAAAUCUUGUUCGCAGAAAUCAGGACUUAAACCUCAGAGAAUUCACACAAGAGAGAAACCUUAUGUGUGCAGUGACUGUAGGAAAGCCUUCACCACAAAGACAAUGCUCACUGUCCAUCGAAGAACUCACAUGGGAGAGAGGCCCUAUGGAUGCAACAACUGUGGGAGAGCUUUCUCCCAGUCAUGUCUGGUUAAACAUAAGAGGACACAUACAAGAGAGAAACAAGUAGAUUCCGUGAAGGUGGAAUACUCUUUCACAAAGGGUCACAGCUUCUUAGAUACUAGUGAACUCUUGCAGGGGAAAAACCCUGUUAAUAUAGUGACUGUGCAGAUGCCUUCUGUGACCCCUCAGACAUCAUUACAUAUCAGUGGAUUCCUAGCAGGUGGGAAUGUAGUCCUGAUGAACAGCCCUGUAGCCAGGAGUAAUGUCAGUAGUGACUACUGCUGGAAAACUGGGUCUGAGGAAGGGCAUGAUGUCAGGUCCCUUAGGGAGAGGCUAGCGGUAGAGGCAUGUUCGGCUUGGGAUCCCUCCCUGUUGAAUUUCUUUGAGACGGUCGCGCUUCUUAGCUUCAUCUUAAAUCAAAGGGCCUUCAUGUCCGCGAACAUCUCUGCCCAGCCUGCAGAGAUCCAGGUCCCCUUGAGUUUCUGA